ACUGGGGUGGUGGGUGUGGGGCUCCGGGCCGGCCCGGGACGCCGGCUCUGAAGCCGGGGCCGGGUCGUUGAGCGGCGGUCGAGGAGGUCCCUAUACCAUGGAUUUCUCAACUGGUUUGUAAUACCUGGCAUGGAUUCCCUCUAGCAGAGCAGACCUCAGAUCCAAUAGAGCAUAGUUGGUUGAUCCCAUCACAGUCAGGCCACUAGUGAGCAUGUCUUGCCUGCUGGGUUAGUGGUGUACUUCCCAGGGUUCACAGCAAGGCACUUUGAAUUGCUGUCUUUUUACAGCAUGGACACCGGGCUGCUAACAACUUGCUUUGGGACUUCCAGUGAAUUCAUUUUUUGGGAUUAUUUUAUGACAGCUUUGCUACUGGUUCCUUUUUGUGAGUUGAUGUUCUGAAGUUACUGUCACAAUGAGUUCAAGCCUAUGGAGCCAAGAGAAAGUUACUUCACCCUACUGGGAAGAACGGAUUUUUUAUCUGCUUCUUCAAGAAUGCAGUGUAACAGACAAACAGACACAGAAGCUCCUGAAAGUACCCAAAGGAAGUAUAGGACAGUACAUCCAAGACCGUUCUGUGGGGCAUUCAAGAGUUCCUUCCGCAAAAGGCAAGAAAAAUCAGAUUGGAUUAAAAAUCUUAGAGCAACCGCAUGCAGUUCUAUUUGUUGAUGAAAAGGAUGUUGUAGAAAUAAAUGAGAAAUUCACAGAGUUACUGUUGGCAAUUACCAACUGUGAAGAGAGGCUCAGCCUAUUUAGAAACAGAAUUCGACUAAGUAAAGGCCUCCAGGUAGACGUGGGCAGCCCUGUGAAAGUACAGCUGCGAUCUGGGGAAGAGAAAUUUCCAGGAGUUGUACGCUUCAGAGGACCUUUAUUAGCAGAGAGGACAGUGUCGGGGAUUUUCUUUGGAGUAGAAUUGCUGGAAGAAGGUCGUGGCCAAGGUUUCACUGAUGGGGUCUAUCAAGGGAAGCAGCUUUUUCAGUGUGAUGAAGACUGUGGAGUAUUUGUUGCAUUGGACAAGCUGGAACUCAUAGAAGAUGAUGACAAUGGAUUGGAAAGUGAUUUUGCAGGCCCAGGGGAUACAAUGCAGGUUGAACCUCCCCCUUUGGAAAUAAACUCCAGAGUUUCUUUGAAGGUUGGAGAAAGUAUAGAAUCUGGAACAGUAAUAUUCUGUGAUGUUUUGCCAGGAAAAGAGAGUCUAGGAUAUUUUGUUGGUGUGGACAUGGAUAACCCUAUUGGCAACUGGGAUGGAAGGUUUGAUGGAGUACAGCUUUGUAGUUUUGCAAGUGUUGAAAGUACAAUUCUUCUGCACAUCAAUGACAUCAUCCCAGCUUUAUCAGAUAGUAUGACACAGGAGAGGAGACCUCCCAAACUUGCCUUUAUGUCAAGAGGUGUUGGUGACAAAGGUUCAUCUAGUCAUAAUAAACCAAAGGUUACAGGAUCUACCUCAGACCCUGGAAGUAGAAGCAGAUCUGAAUUAUUUUAUACCUUAAAUGGGUCAUCUGUUGAUUCACAACAACAAUCCAAAUCCAAAAAUCCAUGGUACAUUGAUGAAGUUGCUGAAGACCCUGCAAAGUCACUUACAGAGCUGUCUCCAGACUUUGGACAUUCAUCAUCUCCACCGCAACCUCCUUCCAUGAACUCCUUAUCCAGCGAGAACAGAUUUCACUCUUUACCCUUCAGCCUGACAAAGAUGCCCAAUACCAAUGGCAGCAUUGCUCACAGCCCACUUUCAUUGUCAGUGCAGUCUGUGAUGGGGGAGCUGAACAGCACACCCGUCCAGGAGAGUCCACCCUUGCCCAUCUCUUCUGGUAAUGCACACGGUCUGGAGGUGGGCUCACUAGCUGAAGUGAAAGAGAACCCCCCGUUCUAUGGGGUUAUCCGUUGGAUUGGCCAGCCUCCAGGGCUGAGUGACGUGUUAGCUGGACUGGAACUGGAAGAUGAGUGUGCAGGCUGCACUGAUGGAACUUUCAGGGGCACUCGCUACUUCACCUGUGCCCUGAAGAAGGCGCUGUUCGUGAAACUGAAGAGCUGCAGACCCGACUCUAGGUUUGCGUCCUUGCAGCCUGUUCCUAAUCAGAUUGAAAGGUGUAAUUCUUUAGCAUUUGGAGGCUACUUAAGUGAAGUAGUAGAAGAAAAUACUCCACCAAGAAUGGAAAAGGAAGGUUUAGAGAUAAUGAUUGGAAAGAAAAAAGGCAUCCAGGGCCAUUACAAUUCUUGUUACUUAGACUCAACUUUAUUCUGCUUAUUUGCUUUUAGUUCUGCCCUGGACACUGUGUUACUAAGACCCAAAGAAAAGAAUGAUGUAGAGUAUUAUAGUGAGACUCAAGAGCUACUAAGGACAGAGAUAGUUAAUCCUCUGAGAAUAUAUGGAUAUGUGUGUGCCACAAAAAUUAUGAAACUGAGGAAAAUACUUGAAAAAGUUGAGGCUGCAUCAGGAUUUACCUCUGAAGAAAAAGAUCCUGAAGAAUUUCUAAAUAUCCUGUUUCAUGAUAUUUUAAGGGUUGAACCAUUGUUAAAAAUCAGAUCAGCAGGUCAAAAAGUUCAAGACUGUAACUUCUAUCAAAUUUUUAUGGAAAAAAAUGAGAAAGUUGGAGUUCCUACAAUUCAGCAAUUACUAGAAUGGUCUUUUAUCAACAGCAACCUGAAAUUUGCCGAGGCACCAUCAUGCUUGAUUAUCCAGAUGCCUCGGUUUGGAAAAGACUUUAAGCUAUUUAAAAAAAUUUUUCCUUCUCUGGAAUUAAAUAUAACAGAUUUGCUUGAAGACACUCCUAGGCAGUGUCGCAUCUGUGGAGGACUUGCAAUGUAUGAGUGUAGAGAGUGCUAUGAUGACCCUGACAUCUCAGCAGGGAAGAUCAAGCAGUUCUGUAAGACCUGCAGCACUCAGGUUCACCUCCAUCCCAGGAGGUUGAAUCAUACAUAUCACCCAGUAUCACUUCCCAAAGACUUGCCUGACUGGGACUGGAGACAUGGCUGCAUCCCCUGUCAGAAGAUGGAGUUAUUUGCUGUUCUCUGCAUAGAAACGAGCCACUAUGUUGCUUUUGUGAAGUAUGGGAAGGAUGACUCUGCCUGGCUCUUCUUUGACAGCAUGGCUGAUAGAGAUGGUGGUCAGAAUGGCUUCAACAUUCCACAAGUGACACCCUGCCCAGAAGUGGGAGAGUACUUGAAGAUGUCUCUGGAGGACCUGCACUCUUUGGAUUCCAGAAGGAUUCAAGGCUGUGCACGCAGACUUCUUUGUGAUGCGUACAUGUGCAUGUACCAGAGUCCAACCAUGAGCUUGUACAAAUAACAGGUCAUCUGAAAUGGGCAGAGACCGAGCACAAAGCUUAGUGCUGUGUUUUCCUCUAGCUGGCGGUUCUUUCCGGUGCCCAUUGCCGGCAAUGGGUGUCUUUUGUGAUGCUGGCCCUUCAGCAAAGGAUUCUUGUGUUUCCAAACAAAUUGCUUUUGUGUUCUUGAAGUAUUUAAUAAGAAGCAUUUUGCACUCUAGGAAGUAUGUUUGUGUUGGUUUUUUAAGAAGUCUAAAUGAAGUUAUUAAUACCUGAAACUUUAAGUUAACUGCAUUGAUGAUAUGAUAUUUUUGGAAGCAUACAAUUUUAAUUGUGACAUCUGAAACAUCUUUUAGUCCAUUGAGGAUGUAAAUAAAUAUCUCUUCUUAUGGA